AGAUGACAGCAGUCCCUGCAUAUUACACUGUUCCUCCAUUAAACACCUUGUGUCCUUCUACAGCUGAUUUUGAUGAAAUUUGUUUAAACCUCUGCAUGAACAGAGAAUUGCCAAUUUUUUUCUGGCACAUCCUAUGGCUUCAUGACUGAUGCUGAUUAAAAUAUCACAAAUACUUAUUUUCCCUUCUCAAAAUCACCUGAAAAAAAGACAAGAGUGCUUUUACAUAAUUUUAUCCUCCUAUACAGUCCUGACUUAUUCCUGAAGCUUAGGACCCUAUUUGCUGGGCUUUGAGCCACUUUAAACAUAAAAGUUAACUUAAAAAUGUAACUAUACCUCAGUGUCAACUUAGUAUUUCAUAGUCUAGAGGUGUGAUACAUAACCCAAAAUCUGCUGGUAUAAUGUGACAAAAGUGUCUUAUUUUUUGAUGUGGACUGUGACCAGUGUAGACCAACCUUUUCCUGCCUCCACAGAGCUCAUGAGCUGUCAAGCUGCAGAGCUAACCCACCUCACUGGGGACAGUUCAGUAAACACCACACAUGAACUCCUGUGUGUCCUUGGCACCUCCAACUUCAGACAUCCACAGGAAGCUGCCUUUGGAAUAAGGUUUCUUCUCAUGCUAGGCUUCUGACUUGCUCUAGAAUUGCUUUGAAAGGCAAGACACAUUGUUUUCUUUGCUCCAUGGAAUUCCCAUUUUUUCAUGGAAAGAUAACAAGAAGAACCUGUGAAGAGUUGCUGAGCAAGAAGAAAAAGAAUGGCAGCUAUUUAAUACGGGAGAGUGAGAGUGUGGAAGGAGCCUUGUGUCUCUGUGUUUUCUUUGAGGGCCUCAUCUACACUUACCGUAUCUUCAGAGAAGACCAAGGAUAUUUUAGAAUACAGACUUCUGAAGGUGUUCCAGAGAGGACCUUCAAAACAUUAAAGGACUUAAUAUAUGCUUUUGAAAAGCCAAAUCAAGGUCUGAUAACAAAGCUCCGCUACCCAGUGAAGAAACAGAAGGCCUUGCAAAGAAGCCAGAGGUUCAAGUCAGAAAUGGACAAUGUUUAUGAUGAAGCUGAUGACAGCGCUGAUUAUGUUGAUGUCCUGCCCUGAAGGAUCUGCGCCUGAUGGUUUCGGAAGCUGCCAUUCCAGGACAUGACCCGGCACAGGGCCUCAGCUGAGGAGAGCUUCCAGCUGGGUGUCCUCUGCUCUACAUCUGGAAUUACCUCCUCCUUUUGCAGACUGCCAGAACAGCUGUAUCUUCAACCAGUAGAUCCAGUACAAGCUAUUAUGCAUGUUUGCUCAGCAAUAAAAGAAGUAUUUUUGUUACAGACACAAACACACACACGUAGGUAUGGGGGAAGGUGUCCAUGUAUGUGUCUUCUGGUGGUUUUUAGCCAGCAAAUUGUCCAAGAUGUUGACUGCUAGAGUGUACAUUCUGCUAGAGGGCAGCAGUAUAAAUACAUUAAAUGAAUAGGCAUAAAGCAGUAAUUUAUGGCAGAACUGAUAAGUGUUGAUAAAAAUCAUACAUGACAAAACUAUUAGCAUUUUAAGAUGCUUUAAAACCCCCAAACGCUGUUAUUUUGCACAUGAUUCAUGUUGCUGAUGAGGCUGGAGGAGUGAAUAAUAUUUCAGCAAUGUCAAGGAAUACUAGUAGUCAGUAGCUUGAGUAAUGCAAAUUAAGACAAAAAUGCUGUGUUAAAUCCAUGCCAUAAAAAAUAAAUAACCAACUAG